UAUGCAUCAAUGGGUUGUUAAAUUUUGCGCUACGUAUACUUUAGCACUUUACUUUCUGUUAUAUUUUAUGUAAAAAAUUUUUUACAAUAUGUCUGGAUAUACCUGUGCAUUUUGUGGAUGUCAUUCGAAGACAGCUGGAGGUGUAGCUUUGUUUUCUUUCCCGAAUCGGUAUUGCAUUGCAUUGCAGCUUAUUUUUUUAUUUACACUUCAUUAUAACCUACAAUCUCCAAAUAAUAUUAAUUAAAUUAUGAAAUCACACCUAAUGAUUGCAAUGUUAGUAUGUAUAUUAUAAUAUCCUUUUCCAAAAAAAAUGUAUAAAAAAGAUAUAGUGAAUUAUAAACAUGCAGUUUUGUGAUGGGUUUUUCAACCGAAAGUUAACAUCUAAUUUCAAUUGCAUGUUUUAGUGCCAAGUUGUGGUUGUACGCUUGCUAUUGAAAUCUGUUGAAGGACUCCGCAAAUAUAAGUUUGUGUGAGCACCAUUUUGAGGAUAAAUGUUAUUUAGUAGGAGCCUCAAGGAAACGCAACAUGCAACAUUAUUUCCAGAUGUCCAGAAAUGGGUGUGUAACAAGAAAAGCUUGAGGAGUGUUGAUAUCUUAAGAUUUUCUCCUUGUGAGAGAGAGAAUGUGAUUGAAGUACAUUUGGAAAAUGCCAAAUAGCCGAUGAUGCAGUAGAUCAGCGGGUCCAAGCAGGAGGUUAAUAAGACAGCCCAACACAAUUUAAAACUUAGGUUUUAUUAUUAAUUUUUGUGACAUCUCUAAAUCCAAGAAUAGAAAAAUUUAGACAACAGAAAUGUCACUGUCAACAUAAUUUUCGGUUUUAUAUGUGGACUGUUGGUUUAGUAAUUUAGUAUUUAAUACAUGUAGUAGUUUUUUCCUGGACUAUAUCAAAAAAUAUUUUUUGCCCAAACAAAACUUAAUAUCUCUUACCUCUGUCUUUUGAAGCUCAAACAGCGACAAGGAGAACGCGACCUUUAUUUUUUUUAUUUAAUUCAAACGAAACUGGGAAAUUUUGUUUUUUUUUGUUUAUGUUUGGAAGAGAUGCGACUUUUUUUGAUUUCUUAACAACACGUAAUUUUUUCCAAAUUAACCAUCUUUAUAUCCAUGAUAGACAUCCUGUGUGUUAAGCGAAGUACAUAUUUUCUAAGCAAUAAAUUUCUUAAAUCGGAAUAAAUUACUUAAGACAUUUUGUAAUGAUGUAAUGGGCAUCUUGAAGAAGAGAAUGGAAAAAUAUGUUUAUCAAAGGUGUAUCGGUAAAGAAAUCAAACGGGACCACUCCAUUAUUCUAUUUAUAUAACGAAGUUGGAGAAAGAUACAACAAUCCCUGCUGUUAGACGAUCAUUGAUAUUUUUCAAUUAAACAAAUACGCAAUAUCUCGGCCCCACUUGCAGAUAUCUAUGAUAAUGGGCGAGUGGUCGUAGUAACUGUGCUAACGGCCCGCGGUUCGCAUCAAGAAGAAGAUGAUGUUCUGUGAUGAGUGUCGGGUGGAUAGGUCGAAAAAUUUCUCAGCGUUUUCAGUUCUCACGGUUCGAACCCUUGUGUAAUGUUAGCGGUGCACGUUCGGCCGUCGAUUAUGUAAAUUCUGGUUAAGAUCCGCCAAACACCCUCGCAAUCGAUAUUUUUGGAGCGCAUAAGAAUCGAAAUAAAUAUUAAAAAAAACUUAUCGCGGAAUGCAAUGUAGUGAUCGCACCGUGCUAUUUCGGUUUGUUUUAAGCAUUUGUAAACAAAAGUAACAUUCCUUUACAUCUAUAUUGGGUACCGGUUUGACGAUUGACAAUUAACUGGCCUGGCCUUUAAUAGUUCGGUUUCUGUUUUAUAUUUUUUGCAGCAGACGAAUCUGUUAAACAUGCCGUGUUAUAUUUUUAGACCUGAAACGGUCUAGUCGGGGCAGCGGUCUUGACCAGAAAAUUUUUGACAUCGCGCACCGAUGUGCGUUUCGUGGGAAAUGUUCGAGUUGGAUGUCUGAAAUGUAUUUGAGGAAUUAAGACGAGAGUGCCUUGCAGAAAUCCGGAGAUGUGUAUCGAUAACUAGGUCCAUUGUACCUAACCGAUGGUAAAAAUUGUGGCUGUGAUGUAUAGGACCGAAAAAAUGUGCUGUAUCCAAAUCUUGUUGGUUUUGACUGUCGCCCGGUUUUCCGCGGGGUUACCUAGCCCACCGAAUUGCGAGUCUAUUAAAAGGGAUAUCGAGGUUAGAUGGUUCUCAGGAUUGGAAUUCGUCGAGUCUUCAGAUACGGGCUCGAUAUGCGGGGAAAACAGCUGUUGCCGCGGGAAUUUGGAGGAUAACAUGCUAGAAUAUAGCCGGUCCUUUAUAGAGAAGUAUAUAUCGGAUUCCGCGUUGAAGGUGGCCUCCCUGAUCGAAGCGAGGGCGAAAAAGUUCGACGAAAUCUUUCGCGAAAUGAUGAACAAUUCCAAACGCGAGUUCCACGACAUGUUCCAGAAGACCUACGGGAAAAUUUACCUGCAAAACUCCGAGGUGUUCAGCGAUUUCUUUAACGAACUGGAGACUUAUUACAAGAAGGGCACGUUGCACUUGGGGGACACAAUGGACUCGUUUUUCGCGAUCCUGUAUCAGAGGAUGUUCGCGGUGAUAAACGCCCAGUAUUCGUUCGACGAUAAAUAUUUGGAAUGCGUGGCGGAUUUGAUGGUCGAGAUCAAGCCGUUCGGGGACGUGCCCUACAAACUGAGCCAGCAGUUGAGGAGGUCCUUCGUGGCCACCCGCACGUUUUACAAGGCCCUGACCAGAGGCGUGGAGGUAUCGAAAGCGAUGGCUAAACUUCCGGUCGACGAGGAAUGCGUCCGGGCGUUGACUCGAAUGCAGUUCUGCGGGGCGUGCAAGGGAGAGCAGGGCGCCGGGGCCUGUUCCGAUUAUUGCAUUGGUACGGUCAAAAUAUGCCUCCGGCACCACGUCCAGUUGAACGAGGAGUGGGAUAAGUACAUAGACGCCAUAGAGAAGGUGGCCGAGAGGUUGCUGGGGCCCUACAACGUCGAGUCCGUCGUGCUACCGUUGAACAUAAAAAUCUCGGAAGCGGUCAUGAAUUUUCAAGAGAACGGGUCGCAGGUGUCCAAAAAAGUUUACUCGAAAUGCGGGGUGCCUUCGACGCGGGCCACUAGGAGCGCGUACUACGAGACGAGUUCGGACGGCGACAUGGAAAUCGACUCGGGGGCCCCCAAGAAGAAGCACAAGAAAACGCAGGAGGAGGACGAUUCGCCCGCCUUGGACAAGUUGCUGACCGAGAUCAAGUCGAAAGUGAAGGACACCAAGCAGUUCUGGCUGCAGCUGCCCUACCAAUACUGCAAUAACCAGAACGUCUCGGCCAGUCCCAGCGAUGACGGUCAGUGCUGGAACGGCACCACCAUAGGGACCUACGACCAUCAGCAGUACAAUGACAGUCCCACCCCGUCUCCUAUCAUCGGAGAACAGAUUUACGUGCUGCAGGGCAUUUCGGAGAAGCUGAGGAAAGCGCAUCAAGGUAUGGAGGUCGAAAUAGUAGACGACACGGAGGAAAGUUUCACCGGUAGCGGUUCCGGUUCCGGCGACGGCUACGACGACGACGACGAAGACGUCCGGGAAGAAAAUUACGACAAGGACGUGUCCGGCGUCGACGUCCAAAGGGGAUACCACCCGUCCAAACCGUCGACUUCUACCCCAUCCCCGGAAGUAGUCCGGGCGCAGUCCGGAGCCCCCAACGUCGGGUUGUCCGUCUCCCUAAUAGCCGCGUGUUGGUUAUGGGUUGCCGUCAAAGACUUGCUGUGAUAAUUGUAUAUUCGUAUAUAUUCGUUAAGACGGAUCGGAGUGUGAUCGAAUGCGACGAUGAAAAAGUGAUAAAGAACUAACCAGAUAGGAAAAGGAUACAAUUCUAUUUAUUUUUCAACCGCUUUAACCAGGAAGGACCGCCGAUAGGAAGGAUUACGUCGUUUGCUGCCGCAAUUGGAUUUCAGGCUACCAUUUGUCCUUUAUAUUUUUUGAUAUAGUAUUCCCGCAGUCUUAUUUCAAAAACUGUGGUGUUCGUAUUUAGGUGCCCCCGUGGUUUUUAUGUCACAUCCAGUUAAUACGUUCGCUAAGAUGUAAUCUGUUUCAUGGUAUGUAUACUUAUUUAGGUUUAUAUUUAAUAUAAUAAUAUCAUUGUGUCAUAUUUUUCUCUGUUGCCGCAACGCGCGGGAGGAGGUCCGAAAAGAUAUUUUUCAGGCUUCCUCGGCAGAAUUUUUAUAUUAUUUAAUGUGCCAUUUGCAAAGACAAAUUAAACAAUAGCGAAAAUGUUAAUGUGUAAAGAGAAUGAGAAAAUAAUUUUGAUAUACGGCGCGUAUUAAAUGCAGAAAGUGGCAGAAACGGAAGGCAGGAUUUUAAGGGCAGAUUCAUCGGCUGAUUUUGACGAAACUUCGUCGUAAUUGCAUUAAUUGAUAUUCCCAUUGUUGUUUUUUCGUUUUUGAAAAAAGAGCGGCUGAAACAAUUAAUAUCAAUUCGCAAUAAUAAAAUUUAUUGAAUUACAAAACGCGUUACUUUACUAAAACUAAAGAACAAGUAAUAAUAAUAACAAAAGUAAAUUUAGUAUUGAAGAAAAGUAAUCAAACUAUAACCAACCAAUAACGAAAUAAAUUAAAUUAAAUUUGUAGGUUUAUUUUUUUUUUCGGGAAAACAAAAAAUUCAAGUAAUAAAAAAGCGUAAUUUUUGAUCGCCAGAUCCAAAAGAAAUUGUAAUGUUUUUAAAAAGCAGUAGCGUAUCGUAUAAUAAUUAUCAAUUAGAUCACUCCCUGAGAGGCACUGAAAUGAAUCAAUUUAUUUAGUUGCACAAAUAGCAGUCAAGUACGGUACGGUAAAUUUGCUCUUAAAUUCGUUGUGCUGCCUUUCUUGUAAAAGUUAUCGAAUGAAAAUAGUAUAAUAUUAUUAUUAUUAUUAUACUUCAUCUAAGACCCUAAGGUGUUGGUUUGAGGUGAUCACUUCAUUAGGGAUAUAAGUACGUAUAAUGGGUUUCAUACUAUUUUGUAAGAAUAGCCAACAGUUUUUUACAGUUUUUUUUAUAAUUGUACUGAUUAUCAAAUAAUACGUGCGAUUGCGACUUUUCAAAAUCCGUUUCCAGAUCCGGAUUGGAAACACCGUUAAUAACCUGACUCGCUAAAAAAAACAAAUUCACUGCGUUUCACAUAAAUGAAAAUAAAUGGUUGCUGGUUUAACGCAGUUCUUGCCUAUAUCUUUUAUAAAUAUUAGCUAUUUUUAGCUAAAUGGUAGUAGAAGCGGCUCAAAUUCCCUUAUAUUUAAUUGGGAUUGAUAAAAGUGACGUCUUCCCGUAAAGCAGUCGAAAACAGUGUAGUAGACAACCAAUUGUCCGGUAUAUUUUGCAUUAAAGCAAAAAAUAUUCAGUUUUUAAUUUGUAGUGGUCAUUGUAAAUUGCGAUUGCAAUACUGUAGAUUAUAAUGUUUUUGAUAAAACAUAAAAUUUUAAAGGAGAUGAAUAUUAUUUCAUUGCUAAAAUGUGAAAUAUUAAGGAAUUUCGGAGAAAUGUUUAAGCCUGCCUGCAAGCCGAUGCCAACACCAAAGUCUUUCUCAUUUCAUUUUCCAUUUUUAAGUAAGAACUUCUACGGUUAGUAGGUAGUUAGCACUUACUGUAAACUUAAGUAGGUCGUAAAAAUGUAAAUGUAAUUUGAGGCUCGUUGACCGAUCAUUUUGCUUCACAAAUUGCAUUCGGUCGUAUCACUUCAAAUGUACUAUCGUUAAUUACAAAAAAAACUAAACCAGUUUCAAUAUCUAGGAGGAAGCUCGACUUGGUGCGACCUUAUCUAUGUAUGUGAACAGACUGUUUUGCGCGACAGAUUGCAAUAAAUUUUUGUACAAAAUUGUUAUCGAUUUAGAAAGUGUUCUUUCGGUAUCCUAAAGCUACAUAUCAACAGCAUUGUGUAAUAUUUCAAUUCAUCAAAUCAUCGUUCUGAUUAUCAGUGUGUGUAGCCAAAUUCAAACAAUUUUCGUCUAGUCAAGCGACUUCUAAAACGCGAUGUGGUACUUAGACCCGUAGCAAUUGAAAUUUAAUAAGAACGACUUAUUUAUUUAUUUAUUUUAUUAUACAGAGCGUCCGCGCACGGCGGGAUGAAUCCAAUAAAAUAUACAUUUAAUCUAGAAGUUUAUUAAGCCUUAUGUUAUAAAUUGUGAUGUUUUCUAACUUAUCUUACCUACCUGUUAUCUUAAGCUUUUAACAUUUUUUUCGCCCCCGCGAAAACGGCCGCUUUAGUUUAAUAGCUUCGAAACUUACUUUACUGCAGUAAUUUAUAGUUUGUACUGAAAUAAAUACGUCAAACCCUA